AUGGACAUGCUUAGAAAAUGCACGACCGGAGAGAAUGCUGUUGAUCGGAUGAUCUCCGUUGUUGCUUGGAAUCUCUCGACCGUUCGUAUGUGGGUGUUUGGAGUUGCCCCAUUCAACCCCAUUCUUGGCGAAACUCAUCAUGCGUCUAGAGGCACCCUCAACAUCCUAGCUGAAGAAGUUUCUCAUCACCCGCCAGUAGCGGCGAUGCAUGGAACUGACGAGGCUAACAAUAUUGAGCUCAUUUGGUGCCAACAUGCAGUUCCUAAAUUCUUUGGAACUGUCAUAGAUGCAGUAAUCCAUGGAAAGAGGAGGCUAAAUCUACUAGAAAAGGGAGAAAGUUAUGUGAUGAACUCUCCAAUACUACAAUAUAGGUUAUUACCAAAACCAGGUGCUUCUUGGGUAGGAAAUGUCAAGAUUAAGUGCCAAGAAACAGGACUUGAAGCUGAGCUACACUUUAAAAGUGGUUCUUUUUUAGGCUUUGGAGGAAGCAAUGGGGCUAUCAAAGGCAAGAUCUUUGAUUCCUCCAAGAAGUUAUUUGAAAUCUAUGGCCAUUGGGACAGGUACGACCCGUAA